AAUAGUGGAGCACGCGUGCAAACAACAGUGCACGCUUGGUUGGGCUGUAGGCUGCACAGACCCAAACCCCCGGCAACACAAGACUCGAAAGUGCAACCAUGUCUUGGCUCUUUGGAUGGGGCAGAGGCUCCAAAACACCCCAGCCAGAAGAAGAGACACCAUCUGCACCUGAGGGGGGGUCGGGGGGCAGCGGUGGAGGCGACAAACCCAAGGACAAGUGGAGUAACUUCGACCCUACUGGAUUGGAGAGGGCUGCUAAAGCUGCAAGAGACCUCGAUAAAUCCCGUCACGCUAAAGAUGCACUGGCAUUGGCACGCAUGCAAGAACAAACAGUCCAGUUGGAUCAUCAAACUAAGUUGAAGGAAUAUGAAGCAGCAGUAGAGCAACUGAAAGCCGAACAAAUCCGUGUCCAGGGAGAGGAGAGGAGGAAGACCCUUGCGGAGGAGACCAAGCAAAACCAAGCUAGAGCACAGUAUCAAGAUAAGUUGGCGAGACAGAGAUAUGAUGACCAGCUACGGCAACAGCAACUCCUCAAUGAUGAGACUCUUCGCAAACAGGAGGAGUCAGUCCAAAAACAGGAAGCAAUGCGAAGAGCCACUGUUGAGCAUGAGAUGGAACUCCGACACAAGAAUGAGAUGAUGCGCGUGGAGGCGGAGGCCCAGGCUCGCGCCAAAGUGGAGCGGGAUAAUGCCGACAUCAUCCGUGAGCAGAUUCGCCUGAAGGCAGCCGAGCACAGGCAGACUGUGCUGGAGUCCAUCAAAACUGCAGGUGCUGUGUUUGGAGAAGGCUUUCAAGCGUUUGUGACAGACUGGGAUAAAGUCACGGUUACUGUGGCAGGAUUGUCUCUGCUGGCAGUGGGCAUUUACUCCGCUCGCAACGCCACAGGGGUGGGUGCCCGCUACAUCGAGGCGCGCCUGGGAAAGCCCUCACUGGUCCGCGAGACCUCCAGGAUUAGUGCCGGCGAGGCAAUAAAGCAUCCUGUCAAGACAACCAAGCGCAUGUUCAGCAAGGCCCAGGAUGCCCUGGAGGGAGUUGUGCUGAGUCCUACCCUGGAGGAGCGUGUUCGUGACAUUGCCAUUGCUACACACAACACUCGCAAGAAUCGCGGUCUCUACAGAAACAUUCUCAUGUAUGGACCUCCUGGCACUGGCAAAACCCUCUUUGCAAAGAAACUGGCUCUGCACUCUGGGAUGGAUUACGCCAUCAUGACUGGCGGAGACGUGGCACCCAUGGGCCGAGAGGGUGUCACUGCUAUGCAUAAAGUCUUUGACUGGGCAAACACAAGCAAGCGUGGCCUCCUGCUCUUUGUGGAUGAAGCGGACGCCUUCCUGCGCAAGCGAUCGACCGAAAAGAUAAGCGAGGACCUACGAGCUACCCUCAACGCAUUCCUCUACCGCACCGGAGAGCAGAGCAACAAAUUUAUGUUGGUGCUGGCCAGUAACCAGCCUGAACAGUUUGACUGGGCCAUAAACGACCGUAUUGAUGAGAUUGUCAACUUUGCCCUUCCUGGACUAUCAGAGAGGGAGAGGCUGGUGCGGCUCUACUUUGAUAGAUAUGUGCUGGGCCCAGCCUCCACAGGCAGACAGAGGAUGAAGCUGGCACAGUUUGACUAUGGCCAGAAGUGUACGGAUAUUGCUAAAUUGACGGAUGGUAUGUCAGGCCGUGAAAUAUCGAAACUUGGUGUGGCCUGGCAGGCGGCUGCAUACUCAUCGGAGACUGGGGUCCUGACAGAAGCCAUGAUUGAUGCUCGGGUCGCUGAUGCAGUCCAGCAACACAUGCAGAAGAUGGACUGGCUGCAUACUGGAGGGGCCGCAGAGGGCCUUGGCAAGGUGGGAGUCAUUUUGCCAAAAGAGGCUGUGGCAGAUAUCCCCGGUCAGAUAGGAUUCACUGCGGAUCAGGAGGUCCUUCCACCUGCCCAGGACUCUGCUCCAGUUAUUCAGCAAAUUCUCCCAGUAAUGGAGGCAGUCAUGGCUGAAGUGAAGGCGGCUGAGGCAGCCCCAGUCGUAGAAGCAACAGCCGCUCCUGCUGCCAAAGAGGUGGAGGCGCCCGUCGGAAGUGCCGUGGCUGAAUCACUGGUGCAGGAGGCCGAGGCUGCUGCUGUCAAGGAGCAAGAGGCUGCUGCAGCCAUUCCCAUUGUCCAGGAGGUAGACAUCACUGCAGAGGUCAAGGAAGUGGAGACUGCUCCUUUAAGUAAAGAGGAGCCAGCUGUCAUCGAUGCUGCCACAGAGGCUGCUGUUGCCAAGCCUGCUGAUGCUCCAGUGGCUGAGGUUGCCAAGGAGGCAGAAGCGCCAGUGGCUGAGGUUGCCAAGGAGGCAGAAGCGCCAGUGGCUGAGGUUGCCAAGGAGGCAGAAGCUCCAGUGGCUGAGGUUGCAAAGGAGGCAGAAACUCCAGUGGCUGAAGUUGCCAAGGAAACAGAAGCUCCAGUGGCUGAGGUUGCCAAGGAGGCAGAAGUCCAGUGGCUGAGGGAUGCCAUGGAGGCAGAAGCUCCAGUGGCUGAAGCCGCCAAGGAGGCAGAAGCUCCAGUGGCUGAAGUCGCCAAGGAGGCAGAAGCUCCAGUGGCUGAGGUCGCCAAGGAGGCAGAAGCUCCAGUGGCUGAAGUCGCCAAGGAGGCAGAAGCUCCAGUGGCUGAGGUCGCCAAGGAGGCAGAAGCUCCAGUGGCUGAGGUCGCCAAGGAGGCAGAAGCUCCAGUGGCUGAGGUCGCCAAGGAGGCAGAAGCUCCAGUGGCUGAGGUCGCCAAGGAGGCCGAAGCUCCAGUGGCUGAGGUCGCCAAGGAGGCCGAAGCUCCCGUGGCUGAGGUCGCAAAGGAGGCAGAAGCUCCAGUGGUUGAAGUCGCCAAGGAGGCAGAGGCUCCAGUGGCUGAGGUUGCCAAGGAGGCAGAGGCUCCAGUGGCUGAGGUUGCCAAGGAGGCAGAGGCUCCAGUGGCUGAGGUUGCCAAGGAGGCAGAGGCUCCAGUGGCUGAGGUUGCCAAGGAGGCAGAGGCUCCAGUGGCUGAGGUCGCCAAGGAGGCAGAGGCUCCAGUGGCUGCUGUUGCCAAGCCUGCUGAUGCUCCAGUCGCUGAGGUUGCCAAGGAGGCAGAAGCUCCAGUGGCUGAGGUCGCCAAGGAGACAGAAGCUCCAGUGGCUGAGGUCGCCAAGGAGGCCGAAGCUCCCGUGGCUGAGGUUGCAAAGGAGGCAGAAACUCCAGUGGCUGAAGUUGCCAAGGAGGCAGAGGCUCCAGUGGCUGAGGUCGCCAAGGAGGCAGAGGCUCCAGUGGCUGAGGUCGCCAAGGAGGCAGAGGCUCCAGUGGCUGAGGUUGCAAAGGAGGCAGAAACUCCAGUGGCUGAGGUCGCCAAGGAGGCAGAGGCUCCAGUGGCUGAGGUCGCCAAGGAGGCAGAGGCUCCAGUGGCUGAGGUCGCCAAGGAGGCAGAGGCUCCAGUGGCUGAGGUUGCCAAGGAGGCAGAGGCUCCCGUGGUUGAGGUUGCAAAAGAGGCAGCAGCGCCAGUGGCUGAGGUCGCAAAGGAGGCAGAAGCUCCAGUGGAUGAGGUCACAAAGGAAGCAGAAGCUCCAGUGGAUGAGGUCACAAAGGAAGCAGAAGCUCCAGUGGCUGAGGUCACAAAGGAGGCAGAAGCUCCAGUGGCUGAGGUCACAAAGGAGGCAGAAGCUCCAGGGGCUGAGGUCACAAUGGAAUCCUCAGCUGCUGCAACUUCCACAGACACUGCCCUUGCUCAGGAAGCCCAUGGUACACCAACCCCAGCUUCCCCUGCUGCUGAGACAGAACCAGAGGACAAAAACAAGCCCAAACCAAAGGAUAAAGGGAUUGCAACACUGACUUAAAUGGCCCCUCUCACUGUUGUUGACUUGGAAGAUAUACAAAAUAUCUCAUGGAUCAAAGCCUACUGCAUACAAUAGAAAAUAUAUGCAGACGUAUACAGCACUGCCUGAGUUUUUUUCCAAGUUUCUUUUUAUGUGUUGAAUACAAAUGAGCCACUUUAUCCUAGACCAGUAGACAUGAAACCAGUGUGCCUUCCGAAAUUCAGUGAAUGUCAUCUACCACCGAAAAAUGAUGUAAACAUGCUUGGUGGGUUUACCAGGGCCUGAAACUCUUACUCUGUUGGAAAGGCAGAUUUUUCAAAUGGAAACAUUUUGCCAUAUUGCCAGCUACUAGUGUAGGGAAGGUAUCCAGAAGGCAUGUUUUCUUAUGCUGUUCAGAAAGGAUUAUGGGUUUCACUGUCAGCGUUUCCCUCAUGGCACCUUUUGUGAUUUAUACCUGUCUGAAUCUCCUCACUCCUCUCUCUCACUUUCUUUCAGUCGGCCCUUUUUGAGUUAUGUACUGUGUCAUGGUUACCCUUACAUGGUAACUAUAAGUAAUGUGAUAAAAUUACAUGUAUUAUAUGAAACCCAUACUUUGAAAUGUAUGUUUCAUUGUUACAACAGAUUUUUUCUUUUGUUCUGUCAUAAUGUGAAAACUGAUUUUACAGUUUAAUUUUCAAUUCCAUUUUUCUCAAGGGGUCACCAGUGUAUCCUAUUGAUGGUUGUAUGUGUUUAUUGUCAGAUGUUAGUGUUUUUCUGAUUUCAGAAAAUAAUUUGUGCCUUUCUUUGAUUGUUUUUUUUCUGGUAUGAACUGAUUUGUCUAAAUGGUUUUGAUAAAAUGUAAUUAUUGCCUCUUUUGAAAAUAAAUGUCUUUACAGCCAACACUAA